CGCCCUAUAAUGAAAAGUUUUGUAAAGAUUGACUUCAAGUAGGCAGCAUUAAUUGCUCACCCUCCUCCUCCUCCUCCUCCUCUUUCUCCUCCCUAUUAAUAUAUCCAACGCCUCUUCCCAAACUCCCACCUAUUUAUCUCGACAUGAUAAUCCCAUUUCUUUCCACUAUUUAUACACUCAAUUGAAUUGAAGAGAGAGAAAAAUUGGAAUCCGGAUGGAAGGAGUUUCAGCCACAGUAUACAAAGGAGUUAGAGGAUACUGGAGGAGGAAAGGCUACGAGCGGCUCAACGGCGCCGGCCGGAAAAGAAAGACUCAUGUGGUGGAGCUAGCUCCCGGCGGAUCCGCACGGAGGCGUCGAUUUUGGCGGAUAAAGCUGAUGCCGCGCCUGAAGCUGAAACUGAAGCUCCGCUUUUCACCGAAGAAAUUCCUUCUGGGUUUGAGAGAUGCCUACGUUAAUAUGAUGAUGAAAAUCGCAAACACGAGGGUAAUAGCCGGUGGAUUUGGCGGCGCGUAUACCGGCUCUGGUGUUGCGGAAUUCGGAUUGAGACCGAUGAAAGAGUAUGACGAGCGGAUGCUUGUGGAGAUCUACAAAUCAAUUGUGAUGGCGCAGGGACAAUUGGUGCCCCGCGACGCCGCCUGUAUUGACUCCGAAAUUGCCUGCCGACGGUAAUGAAUAAAUUAUCACUAAUUCAUAACUGCUGUUGUUUAUAUUUCAAUUUCCAGUAAAUUCAGAUCAAUAAAAUUUCAAGUCGACUUCAACCUUUUCUCGUUUAA